UUAAAUUCUCCAUCUUCCUCAUUUAGACGCCCCCAAAAAGAAAACGUCCUGCCUGUUUGUUAAUAGUUGACCUCUCCGUCCUCCGAUUUUCUCUCUCUAACCUUUGUUGUUUCUCUCUCUUAAACUCAACAAUGGGUGGCGGCUUCCGAUGGGUCAGACCCGAGGUUUACCCUCUGUUUGCAUCGGUUGGUCUAGCCGUCGGAAUUUGCGGGUUUCAGCUCGUCCGGAAUAUUUGCGGAAACCCUGAAGUCAGGGUGACUAAGGAAAACCGAGCUGCUGGAAUCCUGGAGAAUUUUGCGGAAGGAGAGAAAUAUGCAGAGCAUCCCCUUAGGAAGUUUGUACGCACCAAGAGCCCUGAAAUUAUGCCAGGUCUUAACAGUUUCUUCAGCGAUCCACAGUGAAGCUCCCUAAGGAAUUGCAGUAUUGCACUGUGUUGGCCCUAUGAUAUGGUGGAUUUUACUGAAGUUGCUUCCUUAUUAUUCCAUUGAUAAUGAAAUUGAUGAUGUUAUAUAAUGUUUGAACAAAGAUGGCAUUGUGUUACUUGGUCUACCCUCUAUUUUUUUGAAGUCCUUGAGAUAUUGAAACUGGUUUAACCCAUUCAAGGGAGACCUUGUAUUAUAAAAAGCCUAUAACACCUUAUUGCUAGCUGAAUAGUCCUUUCAAGUUUCGUCUUUGUUUCCGUUUAUUUUAAGUUAUGCAAGUUCAGUGAAGUCCAAUAAAUGGAGUUAUGGUGUUACUAUCCUUAGUUUGUAUCACUUCGUAGAACCAAGGAAGAAUGUCAGUACUGCAUAUGCAAUGGUUAUUACCAGUUAUCAGGGUUGUGCAGCCACCAGAUACUGGGAUAGAACUGAUAACAAUUCUGCUA